AUGGAUGACGAAACCAACGAAAAACGGCAAGACAACGAAUUAACCGCAUUACAGGCUAUAUACGGAGAUGCUGUAGUAGAUAACAGGGAACCUGUGGUAUGGAAAAUAUGGAGGCCACUGGAUCUACUAUUGACACUUCAUCCAUUACACAAUUCAGACAUAAAAGGAGUUCACUGUUCUAUUACACUACAUAUCAAAUGCUGCCCCAAUUAUCCUAAUAAACCACCCGACUUAGCAAUUCAUAAACUGCGUGGAAUUUCCAUUGAGAAUGGAGCGAAACUACUCGAGGAAUUAUAUAAGUUGGCCAUGGAUCAAUUGGGUGAAGUCUGUAUCUUUCAAAUUGCGCAACACACUCAGCAAUUUCUCCACGAGCACAAUAAGCCAAUACUUUCUUUUUACGAACAGAUGGUAAAGGAGAAAACUGAACAGGAGCAAUUAAAACUUCACGAUUUGAAAGUGAAAGAAAAUGAAGAGCGUCAAAAAAUGAAAGAUGAAAUACAAAAACGACAAGAAAUCCUGCGUUCCGCGGGCAGGCAACGCUCACAUAGAUCCAGUAUUAGCCAGGAGACGGAUAGUUUGGAUGGAAAAGGAGAUGGAGAAGAUGCUACAGAUCUCGUGUAUUAUGCUGACGAUAAUAUGUCACCAGCCAAGAAGGCAACCGGAGCUCGCCCAGUCGAUGUUCCCUGUACGUGUAAAAAUAAAGGGCUCAGAAUAAUAAGGAUCAAUCAUAAAAACCAUAAAAAAGUUUAUAUUGGAAAUUGUUUAGGUCAUUCAUCAAACGGCUCAACAACUUACCUGGCGAUAGACGACGAAGGUGAACGCCUAGUUGCCAAAAAGUGGAUUGUUUCUACUAUUUCUGACUUCCAAACUCGAAAUCGACAGCUGAAUUCCAUACAAAACGACCUCAAAACCAUGUCCCGACUGAAACACCAUAGUCUAAUCCCAUAUAUUGCCAUGGAAACAUGUAAAGAAACAUCAAAACGGACUACAAAACAAUGUAUUUUCUUAUUCAGGAAAUUUGUUCUUGGAACUUCACUGAAAUAUGUCAAAAAGAGGUUGUUCGGUAACAACGAGCAGUAUGAAUGUUUAAAAUUAAUUAGGCAUGUGGGAUUAGGAGUGUUAUCAGCAUUAAAAGAGUUGCACUGUGUAGGGUUGGUGCAUAGGGAUGUGAGGGUUGAGAAUGUUUACCUGGAUGACUUUAGCAGUGUCAAGCUUGUAGGAAUCGAUCUUGAUAUGACGCUCGCAGAGAUGCUGGAUGAGGAGUCGUUAAGUGACAGGCAAACUUCUGCUCAAGACAUAUACGCCACAGGCCAAAUGCUUCUAUCCAUCUUGUCACAAGAUCAAACAUGUACAGAUGUACCUACAGAUCUGCCCAGCAUCGCAAAGGACUUUUUCGCUAGGUGCCUUACUGAAGACGAAGACAGUCAGUGGACGGCUGAGCAGCUCAUUAAUCACUCCUUUCUUGUCGAUGCUCCCGACAAGCUGGUUGAUUAUAAAGAGAAGGAUGAAAACGGCAGUGGCUCAGACGAAGACGACGCCGUUAAGAAGAUGUCCCAGACCAGUCCAGUGACGAAUGGUCAUUCGCGCUUAAAUGUUGAAUUUGAAGUUCUCACCUGGCUGGGGAAAGGGGCUUUCGGCGACGUCUUAAAGGUCAAGAAUAAAUUGGACGGAGGUUUCUAUGCGAUUAAGCGCAUCAAGCUUAAUCCUGAGAGCGUCCAGCUAAACAAGAAGAUUACAAGGGAAGUCAAGCUCUUAUCCAGACUCAACCACGAAAAUGUAGUAAGGUAUUACAACGCAUGGAUCGAGUCUACGAUAGAACAGGAAGAAGUCGACAACAGUGUGGAAAGUAAAACACCCGAUGUCAAACCGCCAGCGGAAAGUCUUGAAGGGGUCAUUGCAAAAUUGGGCCAAGAAGUGAAAGUGGAAUGGUCCAUGUCAGAGGGACCAGUUCAGAAGACCAAUUCGACGUCUGACAGCGAGGACAGUGAUGAAGACGACGAGAGAGACCCUUGGUUUAAUAUGAUUAAACCCGAAGACGAAUCAAGCUGCGGUAUACAGUUCGAAGUAGACUCUAACCAGUCACAGACUAUACCCUCAGAAGAUGUAGUGGAUGCACCUGUGGCCACCACUAGUUCUGAGAGGGUACAAAAAGUGCUUUACAUACAAAUGGAGUUCUGCGAGAAACACACGCUGCGGCAGGCCAUCGAUAACGGCCUGUAUCGAGAGAAUUACAGAGCUUGGAGGUUGUUUAGAGAGAUAGUAGAAGGUCUAGCUCACGUUCACCAGAGAGGCAUGAUACAUCGAGACUUAAAGCCGGUCAACAUAUUCUUGGACUCAAACGAUCACGUUAAAAUUGGGGACUUUGGACUUGCGACUAAAGUGUUUACUGCGCCGCCUUCAGCUGAUGAAAAGACUAAACAAGAGGAACUGCGAGGUUCACUGACUGGCCAGAUCGGCACAGCCCUAUACGUAGCUCCUGAAUUACUGCAAGCUACUACCAAAGUGAUAUACAACCAAAAAGUAGAUAUUUAUUCUUUGGGGAUUAUUCUCUUCGAGAUGUUCCACCCCCCACUGGAUACAGGGAUGGAACGGAUGCUGUUGCUCACGGAUUUGAGAAGUAAGGAGAUUACUUUGCCGAAAGGUUUCGAGAAGGAGGAUAAUGAGAAGCAAAUACAUGUUAUCAGGUGGCUGCUGAACCACGAGCCGUCCCUGCGGCCGACGUGCGCGGAGCUGCUGGCGAGCCGCCACGUGCCGCGCGCGCUGGGCGAGGGCGCGCUGGCGGGGCUGCUGCGCCACGCGCUCAGCGAGCGCGCCGCCCGGCCCUACGCGCGCCUCGUGGCCGCCUGCCUGGACCAGCGCCCGCCGCCCGCCGAGGACCUCACCUACCACAACGACAUGGCGCCCGGGCCCUCCGACCUGCACCGCGCGCUCAGCGACGUAGUGCUUAAGGUAUUCCGAAGUCAUGGAGCAAAAGAAUUCUCUCCCCCACUACUGAUACCACGCGCCAGGAGGUGGGACCAAUACCCCAACGCGGUAAAGGUGAUGACUGCCUCAGGGUCCGUGUGUCAUCUGCCCCAUGAUUUGAGAUUACCGUUUGCAAGGCACACAGCGUACUCGGGGAUAAAAUAUAUGCGUCGAUAUAUCGUAGAUCGAGUGUACAGAGAGAAGCAUGUCAAAGGGUUUCAUCCAAGAGAGAUGAUUGAAUGCGCUUUCGACAUCGUCACACCUAAAACUGACUCCCUGUGGUCGGACGCGGAGCUCCUAGUCGUGGCAAGCAGAGCUGCAAUGGAAAGCAAUCUCAAAGUAACCAUACAAUUGAACCAUACGGAACUGUUGAAGACUUUACUGGUGACGUGCGGAGUACCGAUGGACAAACACAUGGAAAUGUACCACGUAUUAGUCGAUGCCAGCUUUGGUCGCAUAACCAGUCUCCAGCUCCAAACACAUUUGACUUCCCUGUGCGUCUCAGACCACGACGUGUCCAAUCUGCUGAUACUGUUGGAGGCUGACGUGGGGGUGGCAGAGGUCAGGGAGCUCGUCACCCCGCUGAUAAAACAAGCCAAGUGGACUAAAGUGGUGUCGCAUUAUGUUACGAGUUUGGAAGUGCUGUCUAGGAAUGCGAAAGCUUUAGGAUGUGAGUGUCCCAUGACAGUGGCGCCAUUCUUAGCAUACAAUGCGACACAGCACAGCGGCAUAUUCUGGCAAAUGUCAGUGGUGAGGAACACGGAAAACAGACGUUCAACUAAACACAGAGCUGGAGACAUUAUUGCUGCUGGUGGAAGAUAUGACAUUUUAGUCGAAGAAUUCUGGAAGGUAGCCCAAACGGAGAAAGAAGAAAACAGCGAACUACAAACUUGCUCUGUCGGCUUCUCUAUGUCAUUGGAACGAAUGGCAGCAAUAUUGAAAAAGACUGAUCAAGAUGCACCACAGCCUGUAAAAAGUAUAAAGGCGGCCCUGAUCUGCGUGUGCGUGUGGGGCGCGGCGGGCAGCGGGCGCGAGGGGCAGGCGGCGGCGCGGCGCGCGGCGCUGUGCCGCGACCUGUGGGCGGCCGGGCACGUGUGCUUCACCUGGGCCGCCUCCGCCGCCGACGUGCACGACGCCACCAGGGCCGACAUCGUGCUGCGCGACGACGACAAGGGCGUUCUCGUCUUUUGUCGGGAGGGACUCGGAUUCAGAGAAUACAAGAUGCCAUAUGUUGAUGUGGUGGAUUUCAUCAAACAACAGCCCCUUUAUAAUGAUACGUUAAGAAAUUCGGAAAAUUCCAGCAGCCGGGCAAUGAGUUGGUCAGAAUGCGAAAAGUCGAACAGUUGUAUGACUUCGGUUACCUUCAUAACGGCCAGUGAACGGAUGACGAAAAACACGAAGAGACAAUGUGAGAAUCAGAUCAACACCCAAAUAACCACAAUACUAGUGAACCUGGGUAUGCAGUCAAUGCUGAGUCGAGUGCGAGUGAACGUGCUAGCGUUGUCGUGCGAAGCCGCCUGCGUCAGGAUGUUAGCCGGGACUUUGACCGCGCCAAUUGACCACGACGAGCUGGACAGGGCGUUCAAACCUGUGUAUGAUGCAUUCCCUAAGCGCCACAACAUUCUCGACGACGCUCAUCAAGAACUUUCAAGUUUAGCCAAACAAUGCAACCAAAAUCGUUCCACAGAAGAAGUUCUACUAUACGCUCUAUACUCUAUACCAGACUCCUUGUGUCGACUUAUCACAUGA